AGAGAUGUUUGUUGAAAUGUGUUUCUACACUUGAUUUUCCAUUAUUUUGUCUUUUUAUGUUUAUUGGUCUUUUGUAUUAUUUCUGAUUAAAACUCAGAACCUCUGAGGUUUAGCAGGAACUUGUUUUUUUCCCCAUCAGUGUGACACUGAACUUCCGUUUCUAUAAGGAAGUCACAGCGGCCGCUGGCAUUUUGAGUUCUGUUUCUUUUUAAGUUUUUAAUCUUUUUAAUUAAGGAGAAUGUCAUUAAAUUACCUACUCUUAUUACUUCUUUUUCCUCUGACCUUCAAAACAGGGUUCAGUGCUGAGAUCUCUGUGUUUGUUCAGACGGGAGAUUCUGUUCAGCUGGAUAUACAGACACAAGAACUAUCAGCGUUUGAUCUUUUAUCCUGGAGUAAUGAAAAAUCAAAGAGUAUAGUUAGAUAUACAAGUGAAACUAAAAGAGUAAAUCUUCACUCUUCCUACAAGGACAGAGUGGAUUUCAAUGAUAAAACCUUCUCUCUGACACUGAAGAACAUGCAGAAGACAGACAGUGGACUCUACACAGCAAAAACAAUUGGAGAAUCAGAGAACAAUAUUGUUAAAUACAGAGUAUCUGUUAUAGAUGCUGUGGAGGCUCCUGUGCUGACUGUGAACUCAAAAUGGCUCAGCGGUAACUUCUGUACUGUGAACUUCACAUGCAGAGCUCAUGAGCUCAUGAUUGACUCUAGCUAUCAGAACAACAGCUGCUCUCCAGAGAAAGUGACAUCACAGAUCAACACUCUCAUCCUGGACUGCUAUGAGGGAUUCAUCAUCUGUAACCACAGCAACCCUGUCAGCUGGAAAAAAGAGAGAAUAAACAUCACACAGCUCUGUGACGAUAAUAAAAAGAACGACUCAAAGAAUGACCAGACUGGUUCAUCUCUCCUGUGGCCAGUAGUUGCUUCGGUGGCAGUGGCAGUGAUCAUUUUGAUAAUAAUAUGUCUUUCAGUCUUUCUGUACUGCAGACGUAAAAAAGGUGCCCAGGACGAGGUAGUAGAAGGUAAUACAGUCUAUGCUCAAAUUGAGGCUCAGGAAAUGCAGAAACUUAACAGUGACGGCCAUAUAUAUGAUACUCCAGACCGGGUUGAAGCCCAGACACAAAAGGAAACUGGAGAUAAUCUUCCCUAAACAACCUACAGCACAGUAGGACAGCAACAAAAAAACAAAAUCACCUCUGAAACAGACCUUACAAUUUAUUCAGAGGUGAACAAACCAUUAAACAAAAAACCACCCACUGAUGAUGCUUAAAAUAAAACCGUGGCUAAUUGUCACAUGAUGAA